AUGAAUGCUGAAGGAACAUCUGGAUCUACUAGUAAAGGCGGAAAACAGAAAAUAAAAAUUUUAAUUAAAAUGAACACUACUAGUAAAGGCGGAAGUAAAAAAGGAAGGAAAUUAAAAACUCUUACAGCUAUUAAAAAAAAGGAAUUAUGUGAAUAUAAACGUGAUAAUCCAUCCAAGUCACAUGAAACAAUUGCUGAAUUAUUUGAAAUAAGUAAAUCAACUGUGGGUGAUAUUUUGAGAACCAAAGAUAAAUGGCUUGCAAUCUAUUAA